AUGGCACCCUACUGCAUUCGGUCUCUGCGACCAGUCCUACAAGGUAUUGGCAAUAAUACCUGCCAGAGAGGAUCCAGACGUACUCGACGCUCGUCGUCAUCAGCAGUUGUUCCCAUAGAAGAUCCCGCUUUCAUUCCCUCAAAGCCCAGCUGGUCGGUAAAGUCCCUUUUACCGCAAAACACGCCUCUUCCACAGUCAGGUACUGUGUCGUUGAAACAGCUCCACCAUCUCUUGAAACUUUCUGCGCUCCCACCACCCUCGAGCGUUGAGGAGGAAGAGGAAAUGCUCAAAACUCUUGAAUCACAGAUUCAUUUUGUGAGGGAGGUUCAGCGCAUCGACACCUCUGGCAUUACCCCGUUGCGGACUAUUCGCGAUGAGACCGUUGAGGCCCAAGAGGAGAAUACAAUCGGAAUAAAGGACCUUGAGGAAUCUCUUAAACAAGAGCAAUACGUUGGAUGGAGCAGAAGGAUUCAGCGCACAAAGGCAGAGAAACAAACUCAUCCAGACGGGGAGGUUUGGGAUGGCGAUGCGUUGAAACCCGCGUCGAAGGCGAUAGGGAGAUAUUUCGUGUUAUCCAUCCCUGGAUAUGCAUAUCCAAUGCGCUCUCCAACGCUUCCUUUCCUAAUCGUCAGCCUCGUUCUCAUACCGAAAUGGCCCGAAAAUGUUCCUGCCCGGGGACCCUUUUCAAGCUGGCGGCUGACUCAUCAAUCCGAGUUCAACCUUGCGCGGCAUUCUACGGACAGUAAAAUGGCAUCACCAAUGCCCGGGAGUGAACCAUGCAGCGGCUUGGACUUGGGGCACGGCCAAUACCAAGAAGAUAAAAUGGGAGGCGACAUUGCAACAGUUCUCAGCUUAGGCGACCGACAGUCUCUAGCUUUGCUCAUGGUCGACAUUGUGGAUGAGAUGCAGCAAACAAUAUUCACUUAUUUUAACACGGUGGAUUCGAGAAGGCGUCGCAGUGUUCAUAAUCCAGCUCCAGACGACAGCGAUUCUAUCCCAUCUAGAUCUCAAAAGGCCAAACUGGGUCCUCCAACCCGAAAGCCAUCUACGCUACUAGUAAAAGUUGAGGCGGAGUCACUGAGAUAUUUUAGUAUCUGGAAAGAUUCAGUUACCUUCCGUAUUGGGGAGAUCAUAAAUACACCAGACGCAAUUGAAUCUCUAGCAAAUGAACCACCUGAAGGGAGCCAGGAGGUCGAAGACGUAGAAAGCACCGCCGAACCAGACUUUACAAGGUUGAGACCAAAUCGUACAAGCUUUGCGAGCCGCUACCCGCCGGUAGAGACACCCCUGAUCCAACUACCACAUGACACGAAAUUGGUCCUACUUCAUUCGGUUCUCCUUUUACUUCUUAGCCUUGAGCACUACAGUGCUCAUUCACGAGUCUUGAUGCUCAGAAUGGCGUCCAGUCUUGGACUGACUGUGGAUGACCUGGUUAAUGACGAGAUCAAAGUAGCUGAAGGCCUAUUGCAAACCGCCAGAGCAAUGACGGCAGAACAGGAAGCUAAGACAAAAGUUGAGGAGAAAAAAACAUCCAGGAAGUGGAAGAUUAGGCUAGCAUCUGCUGCGGGAGGUGUUCUCAUCGGCUUGACUGGAGGAUUCGCUGCUCCUGUUGUCGCCGCUGGCAUCAGUGCUGUGAUGGGCGGCCUUGGCCUGGGGGCCACUGCUGCAGCUGGAUACCUUGGUGUAGUUGCCAGCAGUAGCACUAUUAUUGGCGGAAUUUUCGGUGCCUUUGGUGCCAGAAUGACCGGAAAGAUGAUGGAGCGGUAUGCAAAGGAGGUUGAGGACUUUGCAUUCCUCCCCCUCUAUACGCCCGCGCCUUUAGAGGGGAGUCCUAUAACUACGGUUCCAACGGAUCAACGUCUUAGGGUUACUAUCGCAAUCAGUGGUUGGCUUUCUGAGGAAGAAGACAUCGUUAACCCCUGGCGAGUUCUUGGACGCGAUUCCGAAGUAUUCGCGCUGCGAUGGGAGUUUAAGGCCUUGAUGAGACUUGGCAAUGCAAUGACGACAGUAGUCAGACAUACUGCAUGGGCUGUCGCAACAAGGCAGGCUAUCACAGGGACUGUUUUCGCACCCAUUCUUGGCUCUAUAAUGUGGCCUGUUGCCCUGCUUAAACUUGCUCACGUAAUCGAUAAUCCUUUCAGUAUCGCCAAAGUUCGGGCUGACAAGGCGGGUCAUGUUCUUGCUGAUGCUUUGAUCAACAAAGCUCAAGGUGAACGUCCGGUAACCCUGAUCGGCUAUUCCUUGGGUGCUCGUGUAAUUUUCUGCUGUCUUUUAAGCCUCGCAAAAAGGCGUGCAUUUGGUUUGGUUGAAUCUGCGAUUCUCAUUGGGUCGCCCACCCCGUCAACUGCAAGCCAUUGGCAACUGAUGCGCACUGUUGUCAGUGGCCGGCUGGUCAAUGUCUACUCCCUGAACGACGCAGUGCUUGGAUUUCUAUACCGCGCAAAUAGUGCUCAAUAUGGAAUUGCUGGUCUUCAGGCUAUUACUGGUGUCCCCGGUGUGGAGAACUUUGACAUGAGUGAUUCAGUCACUGGUCACCUUCGGUACCAAUACAUGGUUGGGCAUAUUCUCAGGAGGAUCGGAUAUGACCAUCUGGACCAGGAAGAAUUGCAGCGGCAAAUCGAUAUGUUGAAGGCUAGAGAUGAGGGAGAUAAGAAGCAGCUCCAGCUUGAAAAGGAGAAGAAACUGGGUCAACCGAGCUCGGAACAGCAGCCACAGCAACCCCCGGCGAAUAAUACGGUUCCUCAACCUUCGCCUGCUGAGGUUGGGAGGGUAGAACGGGAGGUAGAAGGGCGGGUGAUGGAGGCUAUGUAUCAUAUCCGGUUUGGGAGACUUGAGGUGGGGGGUGAGAUCACAUGA